AGGGGAAGUAGAAACCAAUCAAACAAAACUCAAAGGAUUGAAACUCGUCAAUAUAAGAAACGCGUUAACAUCGGGUGUUCCCAAAACGGGAUAUACUCUAUCAAUGUAAAUGCUACUAUUUUAGAAGUAGGGUUCUUAGAGGUUGUUGGCAACACCCUUUAUACUGAUAUCAAAAAAUUAAGCGAAGAUACCGAAAAGUGUUUAAGUAGUCAUAUAGAAUUGUUGUCUAUCAUAAAGCGAAAGUUUACAUUUUAUGUAAUGCAUCAAACAAAUGGAGGUUUACAUGUUGUUGAUGUUUUAACAGAAUUUAGUAUUCCAAGUACUAAGGAUCAAUUGUAUGUCUUAAAAGAAAUUAUCGAAAAUGUUUAUUUGUUUAAGAAGAUCAUUCCCUUAACUAAAACUCACGUUGGUAUAAGUGAAUCUCCUGUUAAUACAUCACCCUUUAAAGCUUCAAGGAUUUAUGACGCUUUGAAAAUUCUGAAUAAUAUUUCUGUAGUAAAUCAGAUUAUGAAAAAUACUGUAUAG